UGUCUCUAUUUCCCUUUCAAUUCCCCUCCCCAUGCCCUGAAUAAACUCUACACUGUACCUGUUGUUUGGCUGGUCUCUCAGGGGGAAGGGAUGCCUUAGCAUGGGCCUGCGGACUCCCCACCUGCCCUUUCCUCAUAUCUGACUACAUAUCCACCAAACAUAUUCCUUCUAUCUUUAUUUUUAUACGACACAACAAUGAAUUCAUCCAUUAAGGAGUAGGAUGGUGGAAAUGCCUAGCUUGAAGACUGACAAAUAAAUAAAUAAAUAAAUAAAUAAAUAAAUAAAUAAAUAAAUAAAUAAAAAAAAGAUAUAGUCUGUCGGUUGGGAACAAUACAAAUGUGCCGGUUAGUAUCUAUCUAAAAUCUUUCAAUUAGCACAAAUUAUUUGUAUUGCUAUAAACUCCAAGUGAAUUUAAGAAGGUAACUUCUAUCAAAUCCUCUCCUGGCCACCAGCUAAGCUCUCUGAUCCCUAGGAUUGUAAUCACAAAUUCAUGUCUAGUGUUAGUUAAUAUCCCGGACAACAGACAGCUAAGAACUAGGGACAGGAUCACACUUCCUAUGCCAAAUAAUGUUUCUGGUUUUGGUUUUUAUGCCAGUUUCCCUCUCCUGCCUGUGCUAACAGCGGUACUUCUAUAAGACUUGCUCUCAGGCCUAGCUGAGCCCAGGAACGGGUCUGUGUAAUGGGAAGAGCAAAUUUGAGCAGAUCCUCGCCCCACCUCACUCCGCCCAGGACGUAGGCAGUCAGCCCAAAUCUGUGUUGGCCCUAAUCAGAAUCCAGGAGCCCAGCAAAAAGCGAUGCGAUGCGCGCGCAGCUAAGGCCGCCUAGCACACUACCCGGCAGGCUGUGCGUGGGCCUACAGCUCCCACGCGUCCCAGCAGCAAAGGUGCUUCCCCUCGAUUCCCAGCUCAUUGGCGGCCCCCCAUGUCUUCUGUGCUCACACUCUCUGAUAGUUAUUCUGCGGGAAUCAGACCAUUUUUUUUUAACCCAGAGCUCUUCAGCCGCAGGAAGGAGAACACGUCGGCGGACACCUAAAAUGCCUGAAUAGGCGUGGCUUUAGGACCGGAAGAAGCUCCCGUUGCCAAGGGAACGCCGCGCGCUGUGGCGCCUGCUCAGCCACUGAUGCUCCCAUCCCGGGUGAACCCGCCGGUAACCCCAACUUGUAGAAGAGGCUGUGCUUGGAGCAGAGUAACCUUCCUACGAAGGCAUAGAGAGGAAGGCUGAGGUUCCUGGGGAAGAUCCCAUCGCGGAGACGGGUGUAAGAGUGCGUCCCUUCCUGUCCUUGUCAGCCCUAUUGCCGCGGGAUCGGCGUCAAAGAUCAGUUGCUGUUUAAAUAUUUAAGCCACAAUAUGGGAUUGCUGGACAGACUUUCAGGUUUACUUGGCCUGAAGAAGAAGGAGGUUCAUGUUUUAUGCCUCGGGCUGGAUAAUAGUGGGAAAACAACAAUCAUUAACAAACUGAAACCCUCAAAUGCUCAAGUUCAAGAUAUAGUUCCAACCAUAGGAUUUAGCAUAGAGAAAUUCAAAUCGUCCAGUUUGUCUUUUACAGUGUUUGACAUGUCAGGUCAAGGAAGGUACAGGAAUCUCUGGGAACACUAUUAUAAAGAUGGACAAGCCAUUAUCUUUGUCGUUGACAGUAGUGAUAAAUUAAGAAUGGUUGUGGCCAAAGAAGAGCUUGAUACCCUUCUAAAUCACCCAGAUAUUAAGCACCGUCGAAUUCCAAUCUUGUUCUUUGCAAACAAAAUGGAUCUUAGAGACGCAGUGACUUCUGUGAAAGUGUCUCAGCUGCUGUGUUUAGAGAACAUUAAAGAUAAGCCGUGGCAUAUUUGUGCUAGUGAUGCCCUCAAAGGAGAAGGACUGCAGGAAGGCGUGGACUGGCUUCAAGAUCAGAUCCAAGCUGUGAAAACGUGAAAAGAUAGUCACUGGAGACCUCAGCGAUUCUCAAUUAAUGGUAUCUAUGUAAGGCAUACUGAAUAAUCUCAAAUUUAUUUUAAAAGAUAUAUGCAACUAAGAAUAUUUUUACAACAUUCUGCUUGCUUUUGUGGACUCUGGAAGAACAUUUUAAGGACUUUAGGACUUGAGACAUUAUUAAUCUGGCCAUUAACUGUACAAAAUCUAAGAUUUCUUAGGAACUCCCUAGUCCCAGCUUCUUGUAAAAAUCUAUACAUUGUUAUAAUCAAAAUGUAUAAAUACCACUUGUAAGCCAUCUCGAUAUCCUGUCAUGACUUAUAUCUUUAAUGUAUUUUUAUUUUUAAUUGUCUUCUAAAAGUUUAGUUCAUUGUAUUACUUUGAAGUGCAAAUUGUGUUAGGGAAACAGCCUUAAAGAUUUAUAAGGGAUCACAAGUAAUUAGUCUAUAUGUAAUUUUUAUUGUCACUAUCAAUAAAAAAUGAAAUAUA